AUGGCUACCAUCAACCUAGGAAACGCUAGUCCGACAGAAGAUAUCAGACAGUACGACAUAAAGCACGCAGCUAUCCACAUCCAACCGGUGACUCUCGAUACACCCACAUUGACGCCUGCCGCAACACCAGAGGAGGCUUCCCCCGCAGAAGAAAAGAUGGCGGGCAAGAAAAUAUACUCAAUGGAGCGGCCGGAUGACAGGGCGAGAGAGCUCGCAGCGAAGCUGACUUUAGAAGAGCAGAUCUCACUACUUGCAGGAGCGGACUUCUGGAGGACUGUAGCCAUACCCGAGAAGGGCAUACCGUCAAUCAAGACAUCUGACGGACCCAAUGGCGCUCGGGGAGAGUUCUUUACUAACGGCACACCUGCCGCUUUAUUCCCUUGCGGCAUAUCCAUGGCCUCCACGUGGAACUUGGACAUGAUCGAGGAAAUCGGCCGUCAUCUCGGAGAAGAAGCAAAAGCACGUGGCGCUCACGUAUUGCUUGCGCCCACCGUGUGCAUGCACCGAUCCCCUCUUGGUGGCCGCAACUUUGAGUCUUACUCCGAAGAUCCUUUUCUUACUGGAAAGCUUGCUGCAUCGUAUGUUCGCGGUCUUCAGAGCAAGGGCGUCGCCGCCACGAUCAAACAUUUUCUUGGAAACGAGCAAGAAACUGAACGACAAGCGUACGAUGCCAUCAUUGCUGAGAGACCUCUGCGUGAGAUCUAUCUGAAACCAUUCGAGAUAGCUGUUCGAGACGCAUCACCCUGGGCGCUCAUGAGUGCUUACAAUAUGAUCAACGGUGUUCACGCUGAUGAGUAUGAACAUUCGAUCAAGGAGAUCCUUCGAGGCGAGUGGAAAUGGAAUGGUGCCAUCAUUUCUGACUGGACGGGCACAUAUGCGACUGCACCGUCAAUAAAAGCUGGUGUUGACAUUGAGAUGCCAGGACCAACAAAAUGGCGUAAAGUCGACCAAGUGAAAGAGUGCCUGGAGAAGGGUGAACUGACACGUGAAGAUAUAAAGGAAUCGGCCGCUAGAGUACUAUAUCUCGUGGAUCGUGUCAAGGGGCUGAACAACAUGGCACCUGGAGAGCCGGAGCGAUCGAUCGAUAAUGUAGAGACGCGGAACCUCAUUCUGCAGGCUGGUAUUGAAGGAUUGACACUUUUGAAGAACGAGAAUAGUGUACUUCCUAUCAAAAGCGCGAAGAAGAUUGCGAUGAUUGGGCCAAAUGUCAAGCGGGCCAUUGCCAGUGGAGGAGGAAGUGCAGGUCUCAACCCGUACUACAACGUUACCCCUUGGCAAGGCCUUCAGAAUCGGUUUGACGGCGAGGUUACAUUCGCUCAAGGCUGCGACAGCUCAAAAUGGCUACCGCUCGCCUCGCCCUACUGUCAGUUCAACGGCGAGACCGGCGUGCGGUUGGAGUACUACAAGGGCGACAGAUUCAAGGGUGAGCCGGCGGUCAUUCAACACAAGGUCAGCACAGAUCUGUGGCUAUGGGAUUCUGCGCCCAUGGAACUUCUUCCAGACUUCUCCUUCAAAGUCAAGACUACACUUACUCCUAAGACGACCGGCAACCACAGCUUUAGCUUUGCGUCAGUCGGACCAGGGCGGAUGUACAUCAACGGCGACGUUUUCAUUGACAACUGGGACUGGAUUCAAGAAGGCGAGGCUAUGUUCUCUGCUUCAGAGGAUGUACUCAAGUCAAUCCAUCUCGAGGAGGGCAAGCCCGUGGAAAUCCUGAUUGAGAGCACCAACGAAGUACGGCCCGCAUCGAAGGUUUCGGUUAUUGGUCGUCGCCACGACUAUGGUGGCUGCCGAAUCGGAUACCAAGAAGAGGACAAGAUUGAUCGUUUGCAAGAAGCGGCGGAUGUAGCGCGUGAUGCUGAUGUGGCCGUAGUGGUUGUUGGAUUAGACGCCGAGUGGGAAUCGGAGGGAUACGACAGGCAAACAAUGGAUCUUCCCAAAAACGGGUCGCAAGAUCGCCUGAUAGAAGCUGUUCUAGCUGCCAACCCACGCACCGUCAUCGUCAACCAAUCUGGGACACCUAUUACCAUGCCAUGGGUACAAAAAGCACCAGCCAUCCUUCAGGCAUGGUAUCAGGGGCAGGAAGCCGGGAAUGCUCUUGCGGAUGUACUCCUCGGUAAUAGCAGUCCUAGCGGGAAACUGCCAACGACCUUCCCUGUUCGGAUUGAAGACAACCCUGCGUACCAUAACUGGCCUGGCGAGAACCUGAAGACCGUCUACGGCGAGGGAAUUUACGUGGGCUAUAGGCAUUAUGAGCGUUCCAGGAUCGCACCGCUCUUCAGCUUCGGACAUGGUCUUACAUACACCACUUUCGAAUACGGAACACCGAGCGCUAGUGAUACUGUACUCUCUGAAGAUGGACAGAUUAUCAUUACUGUACCGGUGACUAAUAGCGGCUCAGUAGCUGCACAUGAGAUUGUUCAAGCAUAUGUCAAAGACAUCAAGUCGACGCUCCCACGUCCCGAGAAAGAACUCCAAGCCUUUGGCAAAGUGUUCUUGCAACCUGGCGAGACGAAAGACGUAGUCUUGACUCUGAACAAGUACUCUGUGGGGUACUUUGACACCAGUCUUGGGCAAACGGGUGCCUGGAUUGCUGAGGAAGGAGCAUUUGAGGUAUUGAUUGGUGCUAGUAGCGCUGAUAUCAGGUCGAAAUUGAGCUUUGAGGUCAAGGAGAGCUUUCAGUGGAUUUUCUAA